UGCUACAUAUUCAGUCUUUGCAAGCAAUCCUCGCCAACCAGACACAAGCAUGAGGCCCCAGGCGCUGCUCGCCGUCCUGGCCGUCGUCGCCGUCCUUGCAGCAGCUCUGCCCCUCGCCCACAGCCAAGGCGCGACGCUGUGCUGCGACAAGUGCGGCAUCUGCACCAGGUCCUUCCCGCCGCAGUGCAGAUGCAUGGACAUCUCGCCUACCGGGUGCAACCCGGCCUGCAAGACCUGCGCCAAGUCCACCGUCGGCGGCCGUGACAGCUUCCAGUGCAAGGAUUUCAUCACCAACUUCUGCGAGACCCGCUGCACUAAGGCCGCGUGAUUGGACCUGUUGUCCACCGAAUAACCCCGAUUAGCCUGUGUUUUUCCUUUAUUUUUUGAAGCAUUUAAGAGUUGCAUCUUGAUCUGGUAGAUGCAGGGAA